GAUGGGGGGAGAGGGGGAGGCAGGGGGGGAAAACCCCCGUCGGGUCCGCGCCACCCCCCCAGGCAGGGGAUGCGACGGCUGCAGAGCAUCUUCUCGCCCCCUUGCUGUGUUUUGGGGUCGCGGUUUUAUUUUUAUUAUUAUUAUUUUUAUUUUUACUUAUUUAUUUAAUUUGGGGGGGUUCGCCGGUGCAGCUCUCUGAGCUUAUUGCAAUGCGCGUCGCCUCCUGCACACGGGUCCUGAAGCAGAAAAAUACCCGGGGGGGGGGGCAAGGGAAGAGCCGAAAGGUGCUACGAGGGGGGAGCAGAGGGCGCUGGGUGGACCCGGGGGUCCCUGGGUGGCAGGAGAGGGGGAUUUGGGGUACCCCGGCUGGGUGCGGAUGCAGGACCCCGGGGAUGAGCCAUGCCCUGGCUGUGGUGCCACGAGUGGGAUGAACCAGGAGGGAAACGCUUUUCCAGAGCAACCCUACAGAAACGUGGUGUGACCGGGGCCCCUGCUCCCCCCCAGUCUGCUCGGCUGGGGAUUUGGGCUGCUUUAGGGCAAAACCUUUAGGGCAAAAAUCCUCCUGGCUCUGGGUGACGCGGGGCAGAGGCUGCCCAGCUCGUUGCACUCGUGAGCAGGCACUGCGCCCCGCAGCCGGUGCGAGGAGCCCAGCCUGGCAUCGCGCUGGAAAUUCCUGGUGUGGAAGGAGCUCAGCCCAGCACCCCUUGGAGGAGCUGGGGGCUGCUUCGACCCCGCAGCCGUCCCCUGGGCUCAGCAUUGGCUUCCCCGGCUCGCUGGGCUGGGCACUGCUGCAUUCCCAGGCACGGCCGGGGAUGCAAACGCUGCUGCUGCCCGGCUAAGGAUGGAGGCUGUCCCGCUAGCGGGGAGUGCUUGCCAUGGACAGCGACCACGCGGGCAGGUACCGCCUGAGCGUGGCCACCAGCCCGCCGCGCUGGGAGGUCGGCAUCUACGCCGCGGGCGCGCUGGCGCUGCUGGGGAUCGCGGCCGUCAACCUGUGGAAGCUCUGGCGCUCCGGCAGCUACCCGGCGCCAUCCCCCUUCCCCAACUACGACUACCGCUACCUGGAGCAGAAAUACGGGGCGGCCUGCUCGGAUGCCAAGCGCAAGCGCGGGGCCGCCGCGGGCUCGCAGCGGGGGCUGGAGAAGACGUCGCCCGUCCGCCAAGGCAGCCUGCGGGCGGCUGACACCUUCGAGAGCAUCAACGAGCUGGGGAGCCUGGAGAUGAUGAGCAAAGACCUGGGGCUGGCCCCCUACGGCCCCUUGAAGAAAUCCAUCUCGGCCGACUCGCUCAGCUCCAUCUCCUCCAUCGGGAACAACUUCGGGCAGGACGUCACCGUGGGGCAGGUGGAGGUGUCCAUGGAGUACGACGGGAAGGCGGCCACCUUGCACGUGACGCUGCUGCAGGGCAAGGACCUGCUGGAGAAGGAGGACACGCGCUUCGAGUCCUGCUUCAUGCGCAUCAGCCUGCUGCCGGCCGAGCAGAUCGUCGGCAUCUCCCGGAUCCAGCGGAGCGCCUACGCCGUGGCCUUCGACGAGCGCUUCUCCAUCCCGCUGGACCCGGCGGCGCUGGAGGAGAACAGCCUGCGCUUCUCCGUCUUCGGCAUCGACGAGGACGAGAGGAACGUCAGCACCGGCGUGGCCGAGCUCAAGCUCUCCGACCUGGACCUGGCCCUGCGCCCCUUCAACGCCUGGCUCUACCUGCAGGACAUGAACAAGGCGGUGGACACGGUGGGGGAGAUCCUGCUGUCUCUGAGCUACCUGCCCACGGCCGAGCGCCUGACGGUGGUGGUGGUCAAAGCCAAAAACCUCGUGUGGAGCAACGGCAAGGUGACCGCAGAUCCCUUCGUCAAAGUCUACCUGCUGCAGGACGGGAGGAAGAUCAGCAAGAAGAAGACGGCGGUGAAGAGGGACGACAACAACCCCGUGUUCAACGAGGCCAUGAUCUUCUCGGUGCCGGCCAUUGUGCUCCAGGACCUGUCCCUGCGUGUGACGGUGGCAGAGAGCGGCGAGGACGGCCGCGCCGAUAACACGGGCCAUGUCCUCAUCGGCCCGGCGGCCAGCGGCAUGGGCAUCACCCACUGGAACCAGAUGCUGGCCACGCUGAGGAAGCCCGUGUCCAUGUGGCACCCGCUGCGGAGGAACUAAGGCUGCUGGCCGGGGGAGCCCCGCGCACCCCGGGACCCUGCACCCCGAUGCCGGCUCUGCCCCGUGGACGGUGGCCGAGCGCCGUGUCCAGAGGUCUGGGGCUGGCCCAAAAGGCAGAGCUGCCGGCACGCCUCGGCCCGAGCAUCCCGCUGCCGAAAGCCUCGACGGGGAGGAGGAUGGAGAAACUCCUGUCCGUGUCUCUCCCCAUCCGCAUGCGCUGGGAGCUGCCAAGGGACCUGCCGAGGAAGGACCAAAACCAGCAAAAUCCUCCCCAAACUGCUGUCCGGCUGCCUGCCAGGCUCCCAAGCAUCCUGCAUGCCCCCCGCCGGGCUCCUCAGACCAGUGGUGACCCCAAACGUGGCCUCUGGGGACCGCCGGGGGGAAGGCGACGGGCUGCUUCGGAAGGCGCUUUUGGGGCAAGAGAGGGGAAAAUGCCGAGGGGGGCGGUAAAUGCCGGCACCGUGUGGUUUCUCUCGGCACGUGGGGACUUUCUGUUGGGUUUCGGAGGGAUUUCGGUGCACUGCACCAGGGCUGAACCACUUCCAAUUGCAAGGAAGAAGGGAGAAAUAACAGCAGAAGAAAACCAAACAGUUGUAAUAUAUCUUCUCUUUCCUUCCAUCGCCUUUCCAGCAGCAUAAAUCAAGGCAGAUGCUGCUGCCUGCUGAGGGGUGUCAGGACUGGACGAGUGGUCUUUAAACCCCUUGGGUUUGAGGUCAAGUCCAGCCUGAGUCAUCCCCUAAAGGUUAAAUGUGAUCAGAGGCACCUGUCCCCACCCCAGCCCUUUUCCCAGCUGAAACAAUCCCUGGGCUGCCCACCACAGCAGGGCCAAGUUUAACAGGCACCAGAGACCCCCCCAGUUCCUAAUUUUUAAGCCUAUCUCCUGUUCCAGGGGGAAAGGAGGGGAAAAAAAACCUCUUUAGAUGCUGUCUGCUGGUGGGCUCCUGUCCCAAGCAAGGUGCCCUGCAUAAAGUUAGCUUUUUUGGGGAGCCGAUUCCCCCCGUUUUCUGGAGGCUGACAGAUGGAGGGAGCUGGCAGGCAGAGGAUGCUCAGGGGACGCAUCCCGUGCUCGCAGCAGAGCCUUGGCUGGUCUCUGCCUGCAGGACGCCUGCAGAAAGCCGGGCAGGGAAACCUGGGGGGGGCGUGGGGGCUGUUUGCCAGGGAGCUGGCUCCACGGGGUGGGCUAGGUGAGGGAUUGGGCUGCUUGAAUGAGUUGAGCUGGAAAAAAAAAUAUAUAAAAGUGUGAAUGAGCCAUUUAGCCCUGAUUAAAGAUAAUACCACGGUGGUACCCUGA